AGGCUCGCCUGUCGGAUGGAAGGAGACCUGAUCAGGAGGUCGUCCAGUGGGGUGCAUAUGAUGGUGGCAACCCCAGGCCGGCUAAUGGAUCUCCUGCAGAAAAAGAUGGUCAGCCUGGACGUCUGCCGCUACCUGGCACUGGAUGAAGCUGACAGAAUGAUCGAUAUGGGUUUUGAGGGAGACAUCCGCACCAUCUUUUCCUACUUCAAGGGCCAAAGGCAAACCCUUCUUUUCAGUGCUACUAUGCCCAAGAAGAUUCAGAAUUUUGCCAAGAGUGCUCUUGUGAAGCCUAUCACCAUCAAUGUGGGACGUGCAGGAGCUGCCAGUUUGGAUGUCAUACAGGAGGUAGAGUACGUGAAAGAAGAAGCCAAGAUGGUAUAUCUGCUUGAGUGUCUACAGAAGACCCCUCCACCGGUUCUUAUUUUUGCUGAGAAGAAAGCAGAUGUAGAUGCAAUCCAUGAAUACCUGUUGCUGAAGGGUGUGGAGGCUGUGGCCAUACAUGGUGGAAAAGACCAAGAGGAGCGAACUAAAGCCAUUGAGGCCUUCCGGGAUGGCAAGAAGGAUGUUCUUGUGGCCACUGAUGUUGCAUCCAAAGGCUUGGACUUCCCAGCCAUCCAGCAUGUCAUCAACUAUGACAUGCCUGAGGAGAUAGAAAAUUAUGUUCAUCGAAUUGGGCGUACAGGCCGUUCAGGGAAUACUGGCAUUGCCACCACCUUCAUCAACAAAGCUUGUGAUGAGUCUGUGCUCAUGGACUUGAAGGCACUGCUGCUGGAGGCCAAGCAAAAGGUGCCCCCUGUGCUGCAGGUGCUGCAUUGUGGAGAUGAAUCCAUGUUGGACAUUGGAGGAGAGAGGGGCUGUGCUUUCUGUGGAGGUCUGGGCCAUCGUAUCACUGACUGCCCCAAGUUAGAAGCCAUGCAGACCAAGCAAGUCAGCAAUAUUGGACGCAAGGAUUAUCUAGCUCAUAGCUCCAUGGACUUCUAGAGACACUGCCUUUUGGCUGGUGACAGCCAAGCAAAUUAACAGAUCUUGCUGUCCUGAGGCUGAUGUUUCUCAAUUGCCACUUGUACCUUAUUGGAGGGGUGGACUAUUGGCAGCUGGCAUAGGAAAGAAGAGAUACCAGUGAACUCAUUGCCUUUAUGAGCCUCUUGCUUUUUCAUUGUUGUGGUAGUUGCUGAUCCUGCCCUAGACAAAAUGGAAGCCAUGAAGGUUGUCCUGUCUCUCAAGUUCUUGUGGAUUGGGAGAUGUACAUAAGGGGAUGCCUUGUGCUGCUUUCUGGCACUUGCUUGGGCAUAGAUUAGCCAUGUAUACUUGCAAAUGGCUCUCUUCCAACCUAGUUUUCCUUUUAAACUGUUCAGCUGUUUUCUUUUGAUCGUGACAGUCCAGUGCUGCAAUCAUUAAUUGCAUCAGUAACUGUUGUCAUGCAGGAUUGAGCAAGCCCCAUGCUCUUCAGCAGGUGGCUCUGAAGGGAAGGAAGGAACUGAGUAGCAUAUAAUCACAGAUAAAAGUUACUUCUUUGGACUUCAGGUCCCAGAACUCCUCUGUCACUGCCUAUGCUGACUGGGAAUUUCUGGGAGUAAAAGGGAAAUAUUUCCAAGCUUCCAGUAAUCGGAGUUCUGCUGCUGCAUUCUUCAGCUCCAGUAAUAAAACUUUUGACAUUUUA